UUGAACAUUUGAGUUUUAUGUUAUUUAAUUUUGAUUGAUAAACUAUUUAUAUUUGGGGCAGAGGGGCACGGCUCCAGAUAACCUUGACGCCUAAUAGUAUAGCAUUGACGCAAUGGUUCUGCUCAGUCGUAGUCUGAUGGCCUGCCAACGCACUCAAGAUUUGGCCAAUUUCGUGUUCGAGGGCAAAAAGAUCAUAGGCGUUGCUUUAAAUUAUAUGUGCGCGGUAAAGGCGAGAAAUGUGCCGGUGCCAACGGUACCAAUCGUUUUCAUAAAACCCACAACAUCUUAUCUAAGAGAAGGUCAUCCCAUUGUCUUGCCCAAAGUUUUUACUAAAGUGGCCUACGAAGUGGAGCUAGGCGUUGUAAUUGGAACACGGUGUAAGAAUGUAUCCAAAGAAAAAGCAAUGGAAUUUGUGGGUGGCUAUUGCUUGGCCCUGGACCUCACUGCCCAAUGCAAUUUAACGGCGGCACGUGCCGCUGGUGGCUCCUGGACACUUGGCAAAGGAUUCGAUACUGCUACUCCAGUUUCGCGUUUUAUACCCAAGGAUGCUAUCGAAGAUCCACAUAUGCUCCCCCUCUGGCUGAAGGUCAAUGGCGAAAUAAAGCAAAAGGGCUGCACAGCAGAUUUGGUCUUCAAAGUGCCUGACAUCAUUUCCUAUGUAUCCAAGUAUAUGACCUUGGAGCCAAAUGAUUUGUUAUUAACGGGUACGCCUCAUGGCUCGGAUGCCUUUCAGGCGGGUGAUCUGAUUGAGUGCGGGCUUGCCGACUUGGCUACCAUGAAGUUCAAUGUAUGCGCCGAGUAGAACGAGUAAAACUCCAAAGAUUUACACCACCUGACAUCUAGCAAAUUAACGUGUUAACAAAAUCCAACGUUUUUUAGAUCUACAAUUU